AUGGCCACUGAAAAAAGGGCUAUUAGCCCAAUGCUUCUGUUCUCAGUUGGUUUGCUGGUUCUCUCGGCCUUCAAUUAUGGUCUAAGUGAUCAGGCCUUUUCUUCCUGUCAGGCUAUGGACUCCUUUAUUCGUCAAUUCGGAGAGUACCAUGCUGCUACCGACACUUGGAAGAUUUCAGCCAUGUUCACAUCCUUGUACAACAGUAUCAAGGCAGCUGGACAGAUUGUUGGUAAGGUCUAUCUUAUAACUAUUCUCCGAGGAACUGGAACUGACGAAAAUCUUGCUAUAGGCGUGUUCAUCGGCGGAUACGUGAGCAACAAAUAUGGCCGUCGGAUGUGCAUCUUUACAAUGAGCAUUUACGCACUUGGAAGUGCAUCGGUAGUCGUUAGCUCGACAACUGUCGCCCAGAUCCAAACUGGCAGAGCUUUACACUAUAUCUACCUGGGUAUGCAACUGGCUGUCAUCCCGACCUUCCUAACAGAACUGGCUCCAGCCAAGAACCGCGGUGGAAUGGGUGUACUAUACUGGCUGAGCAUCAAAGCAGGAGGCCUAUUCAUUACCGGUAUCGCUCGAGCAACCAAGAAAAUGACCACAGAUGCAGCCUGGAGGAUCCCCUUCGGAUUAAUCCUCGUCAUUCCAUUCCUGGUUAUUUGUCUGGUCUGGUUCAUGCCCGAGUCUCCGCGCUGGUAUCUUCUCCGUGAUCGUCAGGAGGAAGCUCUCCAGUCCCUUCAUCGCCUCAAGGGCAAGAAUACUACCGACGAGGAGAUCCGCGAGCAAUUCGAGUUUCUUUCCGAGAAAGUUGCUGAGCAGAUGCAGAAGAAGUCGUUCAAGGAUCUCUUUAGUCCGCAGAAUAGACAGCGGACCUUUGUAGUUUCUGCUGCGAACUUCUUCCAGCAGGCGACUGGUCAGGCGUUUGCUUCUCAGUAUGGAACUUUGUUCGUUAAGCAGUUGAACUCGCUCAACCCGUUCAGCGUAACAUUAGGUACCAAUGCUGUGGAUAUCGGUGCGAUUAUCAUCUCUGCGUUGUUGGUCGAUAUUGUUGGCCGGAGUCUCCAGACUGUCGCUCUGAUGACAAUGGGUGGUCUUGGAACUGCCGAUUCCAGCAACGUCGAUGCCAAGAAAGGCAUCGUUGCUAUGCUUCUUCUUUUUAGCUUCAGUUGGUCCCUGGGCUGGGCUCCUCUUACAUACGUUAUUGGCGCGGAGCUUCCAUCUUCUCCGUUACGUGAAAUGACGCUGCAGAUUGCCUAUACUGUCAAGCUUAUUACUGAAUUCGUUGUGACUUUCACAUACCCUUAUAUGGAAACUGCUGAUACUCCGCAUCAUGUUGAUAUUGGUGGCAAGCUGGGCUUUAUUUAUGGCUCACUCUCGGCCGUGGCUUUCGUUUUCGGAUGGUUCUAUAUUCCCGAGACGAAGAAGCUGGAGAUUGAGGAUAUUGACAAGCAAUAUGCCCAGAAGACGAGUGAAUGGAAGGAUAUUGAGGACUCGGCUGAUGAUAAACGGAUGUCCGUGAGCGAGAUUCCUAAAUAG